UAUGUAAAGUGCAUGUUUUCCGUCUAAUAUUUUACGUGUGUUUUUCUAACAACCUAGCACGGCGACGUGUUGCAGUGUAAAAACCAUACUAUCGUAAAUCAAAUCGUUAAAAAAGUGAUUACAAUGUCACAAAAAAUAACUUGUAAUGUGAACAAUCCAGCAGUUGGUGGAUUGGCUGCCAUUGAAUUGGUGAAGGCAACAAAUCCAAUUGCAGUCGAAUGGGGAAAGGAGUCAACGAUUUCGUUCGGCAGUGAUACUCCGAAAUUUGUGUACAAUUCGGAAAAUGAUAUUUUGCGGUUUAUCGGUCGUGUUGCCGGAAAAUUCAAACUCUAUGGCUCGAAUCCAGUUGAGCAAACACAAAUCGAUCAAUGGCUUGCCUUUUCGUUAACACUCGGAAAUGAUUUGGCCAAAUCAUUAGCCUAUCUCGAAAAAUGUUUGGGUGCAUUGACCUAUUUAGUUACAAAUAAUUUAACGAUCGCUGAUUUGGCUGUAUUCUCGCAAUUGUCACGUCAAAUGGUGGCCGCAAAAAAAAUUGGAAUUCCAGUUUAUGUACAAAGGUGGUACAACCUGAUCGGAGCACAAGAGUGUGUGAAACAAGCCCAAGCUGCGUUGCCAGCUGAAGCGAAAAAAGCAUUGUCAACAGCUGCAGAAACAGCGACGAAUCGUCAAGCCACAGGUGAACGCAAACAAGAGGGAAAAUUUGUCGAUCUACCAAAUGCUGAAAUGGGCAAAGUCAUCGUCAGAUUUCCACCGGAAGCAUCGGGCUAUUUGCAUAUUGGACACGCUAAAGCUGCACUUCUCAAUCAACACUAUGCAAAUGCUUUUAAGGGAAAAUUAAUCAUGCGAUUCGAUGACACAAAUCCGGCCAAAGAGACAGUUGAAUUUGAGCAAGUGAUUUUGGGCGAUUUGGAAUUACUUGAAAUUAAACCCGAUUUAUUCACACAUACAUCAAAUUAUUUUGAUUUAAUGCUUGAAUAUUGUGAGCGAAUGUUGAAGGAGGGAAAAGCGUAUGUCGAUGAUACCGAACCGGAACAAAUGAAAAAAGAUCGCGAACAGAGAAUUGAAUCAGUUCACCGAAAUAAUUCAUAUGAGAAAAAUCUAAAAAUGUGGAAAGAAAUGUUGAUUGGAUCGGCUGCUGGCAAAAAGUGUUGUGUUCGCGCCAAAAUCGACAUGGGUUCACACAACGGUUGUAUGCGUGAUCCAACCAUUUACCGGUGCAAAGAUGAAGAACAUCCAAGAACGGGACGAAAAUACAAAGUGUAUCCAACAUAUGAUUUUGCGUGUCCAAUUGUUGAUGCUAUCGAAGGUGUUACACAUACACUGCGAACGACCGAAUAUCACGACCGUAACCCACAGUUUAAUUGGUUCAUCGAGGCACUCAAUUUGCGUCGGCCAGAAAUCUACGAUUACAGUCGAUUGAAUAUGACCAAUACGGUUCUAUCAAAACGACGAUUGACAUGGUUUGUUGACGAAGGUCUGGUCGACGGAUGGGAUGAUCCACGUUUUCCAACCGUGCGUGGUAUCCUGCGGCGAGGUCUUACAGUGCCCGGAUUACGUGAGUUCAUAAUCGCUCAAGGUAGUAGCAAGUCAGUUGUCUUCAUGGAAUGGGAUAAAAUUUGGGCAUUCAAUAAAAAAGUCAUCGAUCCGAUUGCACCGCGGUACACUGCCUUGACGCUGAAUAAAACGGUUGUUGUCAACGUGGCCGGUGUGACUAAAGCUGAACAGGUUCAAGUUGCCGCACAUCCAAAGAAUCCAGAAGUUGGUCAAAAAACUAUUUGGACCGGUCCACGCAUUCUGAUCGAUUACGAAGAUGCGGAAAUGUUGAAGGAAGGAGAAAACACGACAUUCAUCAAUUGGGGAAAUUUAUUGAUCAAGAAAAUCAAUCGGAAUGCAAGCAAAAAGAUUACAUCUAUUGAUGCCGUACCGAAUUUGGAGAAUAAAGAUUAUAAAAAGACAAUUAAAUUGACUUGGUUGUAUGAAGGCGCAUCGAAAGAUGAUUUCCCACCAACCGUUUGCGUCUACUUCGAACACAUUAUCAGCAAAGCAGUGCUUGGCAAAGAUGAAGAUUUCAAGCAAUAUGUUGCUAAAGAUACAAGAAGAGAGGUUCCAAUGUUGGGUGAUCCGGAAUUGAAGAAAUGCAAAGUUGGUGACAUUAUUCAACUGCAACGACGUGGUUUCUUCCGUGUUGACAAUGCUUAUGCUCCACCUAGUAUCCACACCGGCAAAGCAUCGCCGGUAAUUUUGUUCGAAAUUCCAGAUGGUUCACAGAAAUCAUCAACGGCAACAUCAGCGGCAGCCAAAGUCACAACGGCAAGCAGCAGUGCAUUGUCAUCGUCAGCCGAUGAUUUGAACGAGAGAAUCACAAAACAAGGAAAUUUGGUUCGUGAUCUUAAGUCUCAGAAGGCGGACAAAGCGAAAAUCGAUGCUGCGGUAAAAACUUUGUUGGCCCUUAAAACCGAUUUCAAAGCACAAACAGGCAAAGAUUGGACACCGAACGCUGCUCCAGUGAAAAAAGAGUCUUCACCAGUUUCGGGCGACUUGAACGACCAAAUUACAAAACAGGGAAAUCUCGUUCGUGACCUCAAGUCCAAAAAGGCUGACAAAUCAGAAAUCGACGCAGCUGUAAAGACGUUGUUGGCACUAAAAGCCGAUUUCAAAACACAAACGGGCAAAGAUUGGACACCGAACGCUGCCCCAGUGACAAAUGCAGCCCCAGUGAAAACAGAAUCAUCGUCAGUUUCGGGUGAUUUGAACGACCAAAUUACAAAACAGGGAAAUCUCGUUCGUGACCUCAAAUCCAAAAAGGCUGACAAAUCACAAAUCGACGCAGCUGUAAAGACGUUGUUGGCACUAAAAGCCGAUUAUAAAACCCAAACGGGCAAAGAUUGGACACCAAAUGCUGCCCCAGUGAAAACCGAACCAUCACCAGCUUCGGGCGACUUGAACGACCAAAUUACAAAACAGGGAAAUCUCGUUCGUGAUCUCAAGUCCAAAAAGGCAAACAAAGCCGAAGUCGAUGCUGCGGUAAAAACUUUGUUGGCACUUAAAGCCGAAUUCAAAGCGCAAACUGGAGCUGAUUGGUUGCCAGGAGCAAUUGCCCCAGAAGUCAAGCCAAUUGCUGUAGCUACACAAGCACAAGCUGGUGAUAUUGUUCAAAAAAUUGUGAGCCAAGGUGAUUUGGUGAGAGAUUUGAAAACAAAGAAAGCCGAUAAAUCGAAAAUUGAUGCUGAAGUAAAAACGUUGCUUGCUUUGAAAGCGGGAUACAAAGCUCAAACUGGUCAAGAAUACAAACCAGGCGCAACAGCACCAGUAACCAGUGCUCCACCACCGUCUACUCAAAAUAAUGCUAGCCAAUUGAAUGGAAAAAUCGCUGCCCAAGGCAAUGCUGUACGUGAUUUGAAAGCACAAAAAGCUGACAAAUCAAAAAUUGACGCUGAGGUGAAAACACUAUUGGCAUUGAAAACAGAAUACAAGACAUUGACAGGAAACGAUUGGAAACCUGAUGCCGCUGCAAACGCUAAAGCAACGUCAACUCCACCGACCACAAUGGAACAACCACCAUCAAAUGAUGCUACACAAUUGAAUGCUCAAAUAGCUGAACAAGGCAAUACUGUGCGCGUGUUGAAAGAACAAAAGGCCGACAAAGCGAAAAUCGAUGCUGAAGUUAAAACACUAUUGGAUUUAAAGGGCAAGUAUAAGGCGUUGACGGGUCAAGAUUGGAAACCAGAAGGUGAUGCUGGUAAAACACCACGCUCAAAGGCUCCAAAACCAGCAAAAGAGGCCAAACCAAAACCGGCCGAAAAAGAGAAACCAGCCGAUGGUGGAGUGAAAAAAGUAACGCGUUUAGGCUUGGAGGCAACGAAAGAAGAAAAUUUACCCGAAUGGUAUUCGCAGGUAUUAACCAAAGCUGAACUCAUCGAAUAUUAUGACGUGAGUGGUUGUUAUAUUUUGCGCGAUUGGUCAUUUGCAAUUUGGAAAGUCAUUCAACGCUGGUUUACCGAUGAGAUCGACAAAUUGGGCGUAAAAGAAGUGUAUUUCCCAAUGUUUGUAUCGAAAGCGGCGUUAGAAAAAGAAAAAGCACAUAUCGCUGACUUUAGUCCGGAAGUUGCAUGGGUCACAAAAUCGGGUGAUUCGGAUUUGGCUGAACCAGUUGCGAUACGUCCUACAUCCGAAACGGUUAUGUAUCCUACCUUUGCCAAAUGGAUUCAAUCCUAUCGGGAUCUUCCAAUCAAAAUCAAUCAAUGGAGCAACGUUGUGCGGUGGGAAUUCAAGCAUCCGCAGCCAUUCUUGCGAACACGAGAAUUUUUAUGGCAAGAGGGACACACUGCCUAUGAAAAGAAAGAAGACGCUGAUGCUGAAGUUCUUACCAUUUUGGAUCUUUAUUCGCGUAUUUACUCAGAACUAUUGGCUGUGCCCACAAUGAAGGGAAGAAAAACUACAAAAGAAAAGUUUGCCGGUGGAGACUAUACGACAACUGUUGAAGCCUACAUUUCAGCAAGUGGAAGAGCCAUUCAAGGCGGCACAAGUCAUCAUUUGGGUCAGAACUUCUCGAAAAUGUUUGAAAUCAUCUACACAGAUCCAGAAACAAAAGAGAAGAAAUAUGUAUACCAGAACUCAUGGGGUCUAACAACACGUACGAUUGGUGUUAUGAUUAUGAUUCACGGCGACAAUAAAGGUCUUGUUUUGCCGCCAAAUGUGGCUUCGAUUCAAGCCAUCAUUGUGCCAUGCGGUUUGACAGUCAAUACCAAACCAGAGGAGAAAGAAGAGCUGUUGGCCAACUGCAAAUCACUGCAAGCGACUUUGAAAGCAGCUCAAGUUCGUGUUGACGGAGAUUAUCGCGAUAAUUACUCACCCGGCUGGAAAUUCAAUCACUGGGAAUUAAAAGGUGUACCAAUUCGCAUUGAACUCGGCCCGAAAGAUAUGAAGGCAAAACAAUUGGUUGCAGUUCGACGUGAUACUGGAGAAAAACUAACGAUUCAAUUGAGCGAAGUGUCAACGAAAAUUCCAGCUUUGCUUAAACAAAUCCACAGUGACAUGUUUAACAAGGCAAAGAAGGAAUUCGACGAACAUAUCGAUAUUGUUCACAACUGGAGUGAUUUUGUUGGUGGAUUGUCAAAGAAGAGUUUACUUUUGACCCCAUUCUGUGGAGAUGAAACCUGCGAAAAACACAUCAAAGACAAUAGCGCCAAUAAUGAAGCCGAUACCGAAGUUGGUGCAUUGGCAAUGGGUGCAAAAUCAUUGUGCAUACCGUUUGAUCAACCAAAAUCAAUCGAAGCGAACACAAAAUGCAUCAAUCCGAAUUGCACACUCAAACCAUCAGCCUAUACUCUUUUCGGCAGAAGCUAUUAAAAUUUCGCAUUUGGUUUUGAUUAAACACUUUUAUCAACUUUUAUUUCCUUUACAAUAAAUCAAUUUUGUUUUACUUUAUCAA